ACUAUCAAAUAUAAUAGGGAACUCAUACCCUAUCAAGCUACAAGUUUUAACCGUGUUCAUGCUGGGUAAAACAAAUGCAGAAUUACAAUAGGCUACUGAUUUCAUCAGAACGUUGUAACAGUGUUCUAAGUACAAAGACAUCCGCACUGACACAAGCCAUUAAUGGGCUAACGUUUUCGCGAAGAGCUUAAUUACAAUCUGCGCAAUUUGCUGCGCAUACAGUAAGCGUAAAAUACAGACACUAAGCUGUCUAGAGCUGUGCCUGAGUAAAACAGACUGCAGAGUUGGGAAAACGGUUUGUGUUUACAUUCCACUAUCAUUCUAGUUUCUAUCGCGUGCUAAAUGUCAGUCUCACCCAGUCCUUUUCCAGAGGUAACUAUGAACGUGGAAGUGGAACGGAAAUUUGUGUGUGAUCCAGACAUUCAGAAAAAGCUAAAGGAUAUUGGAGCUGUGUGCAUUGGCCAACGGCAAUUUCAAGACCAAUAUUUUGAUACUGCAGACUUUGACCUCACCUUAAAAGACUUUUGGUUGCGAAGCAGGGAAGGUUGCUGGGAACUCAAAUGUCCUGUGCCCAAGAAAACCACAAACAUUCAGAAAGACACUAAGGCAGAAGGACUGUGUUCUCGCUAUAGGGAGAUAACUAGUUUACCUCAAAUAAAGGCUGAACUGAUAAAGGUUAUGACAGAGAGACUGGCCCAAGCCAAUGAAAACACAGAGAAUGAUACAGGAAUGGCUGUGUGUGACCCAUGGGAGGAUUGGCUGAAGGGGAUGAGUUUGGGUUGCUUUGCCAAGUACACCACUGAGAGAUGUUCAUUUUCGCUGGAGGAGGAGGGAGAGGAGGGGGCAGUAUGCAUUGAUCUCGACCAGGCUGACUUUGGAUACUGUGUAGGCGAGAUUGAGAUACUAGUGCCAGACGGAGUUGAUAUCCAGGCUGCUCUACAGAGAAUCGAAAGAACUGUUGACAAACUUGGACUCAGUGGUGACCAGAGAGUUCAAGGGAAAAUGGAUGUCUUUCUCCAGAGAUACAGCCCCGAUCAUUACACUAAACUACUUGCUGCCCAUAUAUUGUAGAACUGGGAAUUUUCAAGGAUUACAUUGUGACUGUUCUGCCACUGACUGUCAAACCAUUUGGUUUGUAGAGAUGUAAAACAUGCAGACACAUUGUUUGAACAUUUAUUUACAACUCUGUUGAACUGUACAACUUUGCAAGUCAUUGCUAUGAACACAAUACUGUGAGUACACUAUUAGAAGUCCUGGUGAGCACUUUCUCCAGAUAUAGAAAAACUGUUUUAAAUCAAUAAGGUAGGCCUACCAAUUUAGUCCAGAAAGGGAUAGGCUAUAAAUUGCACUUGUGAGAAAUGUAAAUGAAACUGUAAUAUAUGACAUCCAACAUCAAAUGGAUAGGGUUUAAUACGUCACAGAUUUUACUUUACAAUUUUCAUUUGUGCUAUUGUGCUAAUAAAGCAAAAUCUGAGUCGAAAAUCUUGAA